GCUUGCUCGUGUGGGUACACAUCACUAGACCUCGAGACUUCGAUUCGCCGAGAGACGCAACUAAAAAGACGCUCCUGCAACAGAUCGAUUCAACGCUUUUCUCCACAAGUUCAAGAAGAACAAGUGGAUUUUCGUGACUUCUACCUGUAGGAUUAUUACUUUCGCGCAAAAAACAAUCUUAUUUUUUGUGAGAAAGACAAGCAGUCGUCCAGUUAGAAAUACUUCUAAAGAUGGAUUUACGCGCGGUGACCUCCCUGCUGUCCGUCAUGUUGGCCGCGGUGUUGAACACAGUUGUGUCUGCUCCCGCGAGCGAGGUCCCCGCGGCCAGCCUCGUGAGCCACGUCAGGAACAAGCGAUGCUCGUGCGCGACCUUCCUCGACCACGAGUGCGUCUACUUCUGUCACCUGGACAUCAUCUGGGUCAACACGCCAGAGCGCAUCGUCUCGUACGGGCUAGGAAACAUGCCGAGAAGGAGGCGCUCUGCCGGGGUGCCCCCCGCUAAGAGCCACGGGGGGGCCCGCUGCAGGUGCCUCAAGGGAAACGACAGCGCCUGUAACAACUUCUGUCAGCCGGAACACCAACUCAGGCAAAACAAGACGUCGCUAGGCAAGAAGAUCCGUCGCGCGGAAGGCGAGCGCUGCUCCGGGGCUGGCUGCGCGCGCACACCGAGUAUGAAAAGGAGAACAAACAGGGGAAAACAUGAAGAAAACGUCGUCGCCGGUAGCGCUGCGCGCCGUGGCGCAGACCCGCGGCGUCCUGGAGGCGUGGAGGACGAGGAGGUGGAGGAGGGUGGUGGAGGAGGGGCACGUCGCAUCCUAGACAGCCUCGGCAGCACCUCCUCAAACCACUAACCCAGCCUCCUCACUGUUACGGAGAGAGGACGCCAUCAGCGACAGAAGCUAGAGAACGAAGCGCAAUUGCGGCCUAGCGGGCGGCAGUUGGGGGUCGUAACUUGACCCUAAAAUGGCCGCCGUGGCCGGCAGAGCGCUGGCCAAUGGACUCGCUCGGUUCCACACUUCCUCUGGAAGGGGAAGGCAGGCAGGAGUUCUGCUAACGGGUGGAAAGACUGAACUAAAGGGGGGUUGGACCCUCGGGGACUUGAAGGUCUUGGACAGCAUGGGGUCUCAGAGUGAGCAGGGUGACUGAGUGAAAACGCAAAGACCGCUCAAAGACCACUGUUACUCUGUGGACCUCCGAAGAGAACACACCAGCAGAACGUCAGAAGCGUUCUUCUGUUGGGAGGGUUCUUCACGAAGCUGAAUGUACUAAUAUACAGUGUGGAUGUCUAAAUAUUACACAGCGAGAGGCCUCUCUAUGGGCGUGUGUGAAGAGCUGUUAAAGCGAUCCAUGUGGUCGCUCAAAGAAAGAUUUUUUGUCAAUGACUGAAUUCACCCAAAAAGGGGCACAUUUUUACUCAUAAGUUAUUUUUACUCUACGUAUAUUAUGACUGUUAUGCUGUUUAUUUAUUCACAUGUUACAGAAUGUACUCUUCUAAGGACCAUAUUGGUUGUCCGUGUCGAUGUUUCGCUCUUUUAUCAUUUCUAUGAAAUGUGCUGCCAUCAAGUUGCCCUGAUUCAGGCAGAACUUUAAACAUAAAAAAUGUUUCACACCAAAGAAAA